AUGUAAAAGAAGCUCAUUCUGUUUUAGAGCAAAAGAUAAAACAAAUAGAGGAAUAAUUUUUAACAAACCCAUUCAUCCUUAGAUUAAGUCAAGAAUCGUUUGAAGUAGAGAAGAAAAUAAAUUCUAAGUAUUAAAAUGUGUUUUUAAUUAUAUAAUGAAAAAGUGUAUCUGAUAUAAGGGUUUGUUAGUGGUUGAAAUGUGAAGUUCAAAAAUUACUUCUUGACUUUUUAUUAUUCUUCAUGUAUUUUCAAUAAUUGAAGGUUGCAUCUUAUUUUUAAUGUAGAAAUGAUUGACAUACAGAAAAGAAAGGCAUGA